AUGGCACGUCAAUUUGUCGUUUUUGCCCUUUUGGCUUUGGCCGUGGCUUCCGCAUUCGCCGCCGACGCACCAUCAGCUUCUCCCACCGCUUCUCCGACCAAAGCCCCCACCAAGGCUCCGGCCGCCGCACCAAAAUCAUCCGCCUCCGCACCAAAAGCUUCGUCCCCUGUCGCAGAGGAGCCCACCCCCGAAGACGAUUACUCUGCAGCCUCCCCCUCUGACUCCGCCGAGGCACCCACCGUCUCCUCCCCACCGGCUCCUACCCCUGAAGCCGAUGGACCAUCCUCCGAGGCACCCACCGCCGAGGCACCCGUAAGCGCCGCCCUGACCAAUGCGAAGCUCUCCAUCGCUGGCAUUGUUGCCGCCGCCGGAUUCUUCUUCUUCUCUCUCUAA